GUCGCCCGUGCAGGUAGCGUGGAUUAAGGCAGACACUAAGGCCAUCCUCGCUAUCCACAACCGCGUCAUCACCCACAACAACCGCAUGAACGUCAUCCACUCCGACCACAACACCUGGCAGCUCAAGAUCCGGGACGUGAGGCGCAACGACUCCGGCCAGUACAUGUGCCAGAUCAACACCGACCCCAUGAAGAUGCAGGUGGGGCAUCUGAACGUGGUCAUUCCGCCGGACAUCACCGCAGAGGACACUUCCGGCGACGUGAUGGUCCCCGAAGGCAGCUCUGUGCGGCUGACGUGCCGAGCCAAAGGCUACCCGGAGCCCCGCGUUGUUUGGCGUCGGGAGGACGGCCGCCCUAUCGUCUUCCGCUCUCCUGGCCAAGCCAAGAACUCAGUGGAGACGUUCGACGGGCCGGAGCUGGUGCUGGACAAGGUGGCGCGGGACGACAUGGGCGCCUACCUCUGCAUCGCCUCCAACGACAUCCCGCCAGCCGUCAGCAAGCGCAUGGUGGUGCAGGUUCACUUCCACCCUCUGAUCAGGAUCCCGAACCAGCUGGUGGGCGCCCCGCCCGGAACCAACGUCACGCUCGAGUGUGAGGUGGAGGCCAGCCCCAAGUCCAUCAACUUCUGGACGAAGAUCCUCGACGACCAAGGCCCGCAGAUCGUCGCCAGCCGCAAGUACGCCAACGAGGAGGUCACCAUCAACGAGUACACGCUGAAGAUGAAGCUCACCAUCAUAAACCUCCAGCCCGACGACUUCACCAGCUACAAGUGCACCGCCAAGAACUCCCUGGGCGAGGUGGAGGGAAGCAUCAAGCUAUACGAUUUUUACAUUUUCAAAUCUUUGUCUGACAUUUCUAUAUUGUCCACCAAACCACUGCCGUUAAGACCUCCGCCGGCAAUAAAGGGAUCCUGCGUCAACCGUGAAUCUUCAUUCCGAUUUUAUCCCGAGCAUCAGAAAAGCAACUCGAUUAAUCUUGACAGUCUCAAAGAUUUUGAGAUAAGUGCGAAUGCAAUCAAAUUGUAUCGUUUACUGCGGCUGAAAGGCGCAGAAGACCAUGUGAAAAAUGUUUCUGGAUGGGUGUCACUCAAAAUAACAGCAGAACGUACAGGUUCUCUCUUUGCAAAAGUAGCAGGGAGGGCCACACUACAUUCUGGAAGGGGAGCUUGCCAAGGGUUUGCCGAAUUCCAGAUGCAGCAUAGUAUAAGAAAUGCUUUCGCUCGUCUCACACAAGCCCUAUCUCCCACAGAAAUAGUCCUUCCCAAGCCCGUGACGACGGCGCAGGAGAACCUGCUGGAGAACGUGAGCGCAGACGCCAACAUGCCGCCCUUGCACGACGACCUUCGCGGGCCGCCCUUCUCUGAGGACCGUCACCAAGGCGAAGGCGCCGCACCGCACCAGGGCAGCCCCCACCCCACGAAGCCGCUGCCGCCCUCACGCCCACACAACACUCACGCUGUCCCCUACCUGCCCACGGACCCUGCGGUGGCCGGCCGCGGGGAUCGCUCGCUGCCCUUCCUCCUCCUGCUGGUCGCGGCCGCAUUCCUCGCUUGCGUGUGGGCGACGCCCUAG